AUGUCUGCCGUUGUGGUUCUGUCGCAGUUUGAUUCACUGGUAAACAAAAUGGAAUCAGUCAGCUUGAAGCUCUGUCAAAAACGUAUUCGCCCAUCUACGGACCAAUUAACUGAGUUCCGAGGUUUAUACACACGAUUCAAGGCGACAUUAGCGAAUUUUGAUGCUGGAAUACAGGGAUUGUUGGCCAUCGGGUACCCCGAUGAAGAGGAUAUUCGACUUGCAAGUCGUGUCCGGUCUGCCAAGAACGAUACAUCCUUUACUCCAUCGACGAUGACGACUCUGAAAAGGAAUCUAGUUCUUAUCUUUAUGGGGCCAACGACGUUUACUUUCGAAUCCAAGCAAGUGAAAACAAGAAAUAAGCAGACUGAAACGAGAUGUGCGACACUUAGAUCUCAGCAUGCUCAUGUUAUUCUCAUGUGGGCGAUGGCGCUUCAGCCAUCUGCCUGGAAAGCUUCGGGGGGUAUGACCGACAAGACCUUUCACUUUCUCAUCGAAGACCUCCAUCACGAACGAAUCGAACAAAUUCCGCCACGAAUAUUCGAAACUAUAUUAUCUCUCGCAAAGGAGGGACCUCUAAAGGCCUCUGGACCAUUUCAAACGUUCAUCGAGAAAGUUUCCAACCCCAGCGGUGAACAACAGUCAUCCCUUAAGCGAAGACGUAUAGAAGAGACGCCGAUGGAUUCGACUGGAUUCGAAGCAACCGAUGAGGGUGGGCCAGAAGGAACCUUGGCUACUGAAUCGCGUGAAAUACAUCAUAGCCACAAAAAUAAUUCAACAGCGAUACAGCAAAACAGACAAAUCGACUACCGAUGCUCUUCUUCGCCUAUCUCCAAUCUUCCAAUGUUAGGAGAUAGGCUCUUCAAUGCACUUCAGAGCAGUCAUCAAUGGCAGUGGGAGCGCACAGUUGGGGGGACAGAAACAUCCGAUUGUUUGGCCGCGCUCGUACCAAAGAACCGAAGUCAAGAUAUAUCCAUCAACCUUUUAGUGGGCCAUAAAGAUGGUCUCCAGCUAAUCCAUGAGCUGAAGGCUAUACGCGUUUGA